GUUUCUCCUUCCUCCUCUAGGUGAAGGAGCUGGUGCUGGAUAACUGCCGCUCACUUGAUGGGAAGAUCGUUGGACUCUCCUCGGACUUUGAAAACCUGGAGUUCCUCAGUAUGAUCAAUGUCAACCUGCUGUCUGUCUCCAACCUCCCCAAGCUCAAUAAACUCCGCAAGCUGGAGCUGAGUGAUAACCGCAUCUCCGGGGGCCUGGAAGUUCUAGCAGAGAGGACCCCUAACCUGACCCACUUGAAUCUAAGCGGCAACAAGAUCAAGGACAUCAACACCCUGGAGCCCCUGAAGAAACUACCAAAUCUGCAUAGCCUGGACCUCUUCAACUGCGAGGUGACAAUGCUGAUCAACUACCGGGAAAGCAUGUUUGCCCUUCUGCCCCAGCUCACCUACCUGGAUGGGUUUGAUGCCGAUGACCAGGAAGCCCCUGACUCAGAUCCUGAAGCAGAUGGUGAUGGGUUGGAUGAUGAGUAUGAUGAGAACGGAGAAGAAGGUGAGGAAGAUGAUGAUGAUGAGGAAGAUGAGUUGGAUGAGGAAGUCAUUGAUGACGAAGAAGAGGAUGAAGAUGAUCUGGAAGGCGAAGAGGAGGAGGAUGGAGUAGAUGAUGAGGAGGAAGAGGAUGAGGAGGAUGAAGAGGACGACGAAGGUGAUGAAGACCUUCCCCAGGGAGAGAAGAGAAAACGAGAGCUAGAGGAUGAGGGAGAGGAAGAUCCAGAAGAUGAAGAGGAUGAGGAUGACGACUGAUAAUCCUAGCGAGCCAAUCAGUUUUACGGACUAUGACUGUGCUUGUCCCAACCUCCCCGUUGUGCCCGCGUGAGACUGUAAAUCCCAUCUCCCAGCCCCCCUCUUUUGUAUGGCUGCAGUGUCCACAAUAUAUUUUUUUAAGAUUUAGAAUACAGUAGGCAUUCAGGGGAAUCUUUCCAUACAAGACUCACUUUCUCACAAGUAUUUCAUGACCAAAGGCUUUCUCCGUUCUGUGGUUUGUGCAGCAUUUUGCAAAAUGUUCCUCACCUAGAGCAUCUCUCAGAUCUGAGCUCAGCCUUGCCCUGUGGCACCGAGAGCACCAGCAACGCUUUGCCUUCCACAUACCCACAAGAGGCAAACCUCACCACCCCAGCAUGCAUUUUCCUCAGCCCUGCCUUUGAAGACACAGCGAGCACUCUGAGCAGUGGAUGCAAACUCUGCUCAUGUAAGUGGACUCUGAAAUCAAGCAGCCUCCCAGGGUGAAGCGAAAUAACCAUAGCGGUAUGAAGAUGCUUUAGCGAUCGUGAGGAGGGCAAAAGGGUUUGGAUCUGAGAGAAAAUGCUCUUAGCUUCAUUUCAGACCUGUGAGGAGGAGCUAUGCAGUCCUCCUGCCUCUUGUUUUCCUAGUUUUUGUAAACUGGAAAUUUUUUUACCCAUUAGCAACUUCUUUAUAGCUUUGCUUCUUGGAUAUUGGCCAAGUCAUUCUGGUGGGCACUUGCCAUAAGGAGGCUUUCUCCACCCCAAUCAGCCUUCAAGGAAGGGUAGGUAACAUUAGGCAAAGGGCUACUGCACUGCUGCCAAACCGCACGUUUCACUGUACAGAGCACUCGAACCAUUAUCACUGUGAUACACCUAACUUGGCGUCCCCGGGAGACC